AUGGGUUCCGUGUCAAAUUCAAAUAGUAUCAUAUAUAGCGAUAAUGUCUCUGAUGGUAACAGCAAUAAAACUAACAGUAACAGUACUAAAACCAAACACAUUAAUGAGGACAAGAAGAGUAAUAGUGGUGAUAGCGCUGUUAGUCAUGAAAAGUGUAAUGGAGGCAUCCGAUUCGAUCCGAGUGUAGAUACCGAAACAAAACGGAAAUCGAGUGCAACGGUUCGUGUUAUAAGGAGACGACAAAGUGGAUACGGUAUUGCGAUCACUAGUGAUAGUACAGCGAAAAUGCGCUGUCGUAUGAGAAAGCAACUUUUUGUUAAACGAAAUAAAGUGUGCGAUUUAUCGUUGGCAUUGGCUCUAGUUGGAUUGAUCCUGGUUGUUAUCGAUGCAGAAGUAACGGCGUUAUCCGAUGAUACCAGUGUUUCAAAGCGACAUCCAAUGUCUAUAUUAUUGCGUUCAUUGUGUGUGAUCAGUACGAUAGCUCUAAUGGCAAGUUUGGUGAACUACCAUGCGAUUGAAGGUGCGGAAUUCAAGCGGAAGGAUAGCUUUCAUAAAUAUGAGUUGAAAGUUCUCGUGUCAUUUUGCUCCAUGGCUAUUUGCACGUUUCUGGAGGAUGUUUCGUCCAUUUUGGUGAAAAUAGCGUUAAUAGAUAGUGGUGCAGACGAUUGGAGAGUCGCACUCACAACCGAGCGAAUUAUCAAACUCGCAAUCGAACUAUUCGUUUGUGCAAUAUGCCCACUUCCAGGUACCGGUACUAUGAGUUGGCCAUUCAUACAUCCGGAAAAUCAGAAAGUUACAAUGGUUGAUGUUCCACUGGAUGUGGUACUAUCCGUACCGAUGUUUCUGCGCUCAUAUUUGCUGUGUAGAUUCAUGGUUUUGCACAGCAAGCAAUUCCAGGAUGCAGCNGAAUAUAGUACAUUGAUCGCGUAUUUCAGCUACGAUGGACGUGUCCCUGCUGAACACUAUUAUCUAAAUUCGAUGUGGUUCAUCAUGGUUACAUUCAUGUCAAUUGGUUAUGGAGACAUAGUACCCAAUACUUAUUGCGGUCGAACAUUGUCGAUAACUACUGGCAUCGUGGGUGCCGGAGUUUCAUCGGCGUUGAUUGCGGUGAUAUCUCGAAAACUGGAAUUGAGUCGCGCCGAAAAGCAUGUCAACAACUUUAUGGCUGAUUCGAAGCUGACAAAUCAACGCAAAAAUGCCGCAGCAUCUGUGCUGCAAGAGACAUGGUUCAUUCAUAAAUACAAAACCUCAUGUACAAAAGGUGAUGACUUGAGAUUAAGACAGCAUCAACGACGUUUUUUGCAUGCAAUCAACGAGUUUAGACGAAUUAAGUGGGAUCAGCGUAAGCUUCAAGAGAAAGGAAAUUCGCUGCUCGACGUCGGCAAGUUACACAACGAAAUGCACGAAACGUUAUGGGAGAUGCAUCGGACUCAAGACCAAUUCAUCGCACAGGUUGAUUUACUGACACAAAAAAUCAUUGAGCUGCAGAAUGCGUUAUUGUUGCAACAACAACAACAACAGCAACAGCAACAACAGCAGUCGAAUCAAUCGCAAUAUAAUGUUGCGAAUAACAACAAUAACAACAACAUUAACAUUAAUAAUAAUAAUAAUAGUAAUCUGAACAGUAUCCUGACUAACAGCAACUUCACUCAGCAGCAGCAGCAGCCAGAUGUGUCUAUUAGACAGUCCGCAUCGGCUUCGUUAAAUAUGAAUUCAGCGCAAGGAACUGCUGUUGCUGCUGCUGCUUAUCCCACUCCCGUUGUGGAUCCUAACACUGAUAUCGUCAUGGACACUGGUAGCAAUAUCGGCGAUCAUUUUGACAACAAUAACGUACCUCUGAAUGCAUGA